UCACUAUUUUAUUCGACCUAAUUCUUCUGCAAAUCUUCUGAUAAAACACUCACUCCACUCCCUCUUUUCUCCUCCUUACCCAUCCAUCCCUCCCUCCAUUCAAUAAUUCACCACAUUUUUUCCCUUUUCCUCACACCAAAACCAAAACACACUUCUAUAUAUAUUGAGUGAGAGCGAUGGACAUCGACUUGAUGAAGAACGGCGGCGGCCAAGAUGAAAUGGAAAUGAUGCUGAUGCAGAUGGAGAACGGCGUCACCGAGCUUCCCAUAAUCGACUUCCAAAAUCAAGUCAAUAAUUUCCAAAACCUAAAUUCUUCUUCUUCCUCGCCGCCGCCGGCGAGCUCGAUAUCGUUUGCGGGGGAGGCGGGGCAGAAGAGGGGGUCAAUGGCGGCGAUGAGGGAGAUGAUAUUCAGGAUAGCGGCAAUGCAGCCGAUCCACAUCGACCCGGAGUCGGUGAGGCCGCCGAAGCGGCGGAACGUGAGGAUAUCGACGGAUCCGCAGAGCGUGGCGGCGCGCCACCGCCGGGAGAGGAUCAGCGAGCGGAUCAGGAUCCUGCAGAGACUGGUGCCCGGCGGGACCAAGAUGGACACGGCGUCGAUGCUGGACGAGGCCAUCCACUACGUCAAGUUCUUGAAGAAUCAGGUGCAGUCGCUCGAGCGGGUCGCAGCGAAUCGCCCCGGGGUGGGGUUCCCGGUGCCCAUGACGAGCAGGAGCUAUUUCCCCGUGCCGGGGAAGGGAUACCAUCAGGCGGCGGCGAACGUUCAGCAUCUCUGAAAUUGAUGAGUUUGAUUUUAAUUUUCUAAUUAAUUUGCUUGAUUGUUGUAAAGAAAGAAGCCUCUUUCGUUAUUAUUGCCAAAUUAUAUGUCAUGCAUGUGAAA